AUGUCGAAGAGUUCUGGAGGGGACCGAUGGCUAAGUGAGCUCGGCUACAAGCUGGGUCAAACCCUGGGUGAGGGGAGCUAUUCCAAGGUGAGGGUAGCUACCUCCGCCAAGUACAAAGGGCCGCUAGCCAUCAAGGUGGUAGACCGACGCCGGGCGCCACCUGACUUUGUACACAAGUUCCUCCCGCGAGAGCUCUCCAUCUUACGGGCUAUUCGUCAUCCCAACAUUGUACGCGUCUUUGAGUUCAUUGAAGUCUGCAACGGGAAACUGUACAUUGUGAUGGAAGCCGCUUCCACCGACCUGCUCCAACUGGUGCAACAGCUAGGAAAGCUCCCCUGCGUCCCAGAAGCCCGGGACAUCUUUGCCCAGGUGGUGGCUGCCGUGCGCUACUUGCAUGACCGGAAUCUGGUGCACCGGGACCUCAAGUGUGAGAAUGUGCUGCUCACAGCGGAUGGCCGCCGAGCCAAGUUGACUGACUUUGGCUUUGGCAGGGAGUCCCGUGGCUACCCGGAUUUGAGCACCACUUACUGUGGAUCAGCUGCCUAUGCUUCCCCCGAGGUGCUGCUGGGCAUUCCCUAUGACCCCAAGAAGUACGAUGUGUGGAGCUUGGGCGUAGUGCUUUACGUGAUGGUUACUGGCUGCAUGCCCUUUGAUGACACUCACAUCCACAGUAUGCCCCGCCGGCAAAAGAAGGGGGUCUUCUAUCCAGAGGGCCUCCCACCAUUACCUGAUCCCUGCAAAUCCCUUAUUGCCCAGCUGCUUCAGUUCAGUCCCGCCUCCCGUCCUGGAGUGGGGCAGGUGGCCAAAAACAGCUGGCUGAAAGGGGGAAUCUUAAACAAAGACACCUCUUCCAGAUAG